CAUUAAAGAACGUGUUGUAACUUGUAACCUAAACAAACCUUCGAAAGUUAAAUAGUAGACGUAGAAAUCGAAAUGAAUCUCGUUAGGAAGCAGUGUUUGAGCAAAAUAUUUUUACAAAGUAACAUUAACAGGCAGAAUAUAUCGUACAGUCUCGGUAGAACUUCUAGCUUUAAAAGUGCGUUAUCCCUAGAGAACUUGUAUCCGAAAAGCAAAUUGAAAUUGCACACUCCAACUUUUGUAUCAGAUCCUAAGGCAAAAUUUAGUGGUUACAUACCCUUGGACAAAGUAAAAAUUACAUACUGCAGUAGCAGUGGGCCAGGAGGACAAAAUGUUAAUUGUGUAAAUACCAAAGUAGAUUUAAGAUUCCAGAUAGACAGUGCUAUCUGGUUAUCGGAAGAAAUUCGAACAAAGAUAGCGGAACAAUAUAAAAACAAGAUAAACAAAGAUGGUUACUUAAUAAUAAAGUCAGACUUAACAAGAUCUCAGCACUUAAAUUUGGCAGAUGCUCUUGAAAAGUUAAGGGUAAUGAUAAGAACCACUUUAGCAGUAUCAACACAACCAUCGCCUGAAUCCGAAGAAAGGAAAAGGAAGAAUCUGCUAAAGGCUGCUAGAGAGAGGCUACAUGAGAAAAGACUUCAUUCUCAACUAAAGAAAAAUAGACAAACUCCUGUAGCUGAGUUUUAAAUAAUUUAAUUCACUUAAUUAUUUUAAUUAUUCAAGUAUUGUAUAGUUAUACAUAAGAAUAAACUGUAUAGACAAAA